AUGAGCAACCAAGUACCACUUAAACGACUUUUUAAAGUCAUACUUGUAAUAAGAUGUGUCCAAGCCCUUUUGACCCGAACAUUCUUUCAAGCAGAUGAGUUCUGGCAGUCUUUGGAGCCAGCUCAUUACAUGGCGUUUGGGUAUGGCGAACUAACUUGGGAAUGGUCUUUCGGCUUACGAAGCUAUGCAUUUCCGCUUAUAUUUCAGAUCGGCUAUACACUAGUUAAAUAUGCUGCAAUAUCUUGUGAAUUGAUUGUGCAAACAGCUACUGAUUGGGUACUGCUAUUUGUUGCCAAUGUAAUUCCAAACUCUGAGUUUGGGUGGGAGAUGGUACAGGAGAUGAGAAGUUUCCCAGAAGAAAUACGAGGGUUUAUCGAAUACCAAGGAGUGAUAUAUGCACCCAAGCUAAUAAUGGCGGUUCUAGCAGCAAUUGGUGAGUUUCACGUUAUUCUUUUAGCUGAAAAAUUGUACAAGUUGACCAUGGAUAAAAGCGAUGACAGCAAGGGAUCUGACAAGAAGCAUUCAACUGUUAUAAACUUCACUUUAGUAGCGACAGUUAGCAACUUUUUCAACUGCUUUUUCAUUACUAGGUCUUUUAUCAACUCUUUUGAAAUGAUAUUGACAAGCGUGUCACUAUAUUAUUGGGAUUGGACUUCCGGUGAGCAUAUAGAAUCAUUCGACUUUUUGAAAAGUUUGAUUAUCGGGACAUUUACAGUGUUACAAAGACCAACAAAUGCUUUUAUAUGGUUGAUUUUAGGAGGAUAUAUGAUAUUGAAUCUUGUUCUUUCAAAGAGGUGGAGAAAACUUUUCAGUUUAUUAAUUAAAGUGAUCUGUGCUUCAUUCAUCUCGAUUAGCACAAAUUUAUGCAUCGAUUAUUAUUUCUACGGCUACAUCACAAUUCCGGUGCUGAAAUUUAUCAAGUUCAACUGCACAAGUUCAUUGUCUAAAUUUUACGGAGUUGCCCCAUGGAAUUUCCAUGUUUUCCAGAGUUUGCCGAUUGUGGCUGGUUACUCUUUACCACUUUUGAUUCAUUCGUUUUUUUGUUCGUUAACAAAGAAGAGAUUUCUUUCUCCCCUUGUCAACCCAUUUUUGCAAAUCAAGACAGUUGUACUCUUGAAUGUCAUACUGUAUUCUCUAAUUCCUCAUAAAGAGUUCCGGUUUAUAUAUCCUUUGCAACCUUUCUUCAUAAUAUUGAGCGUAUUCGAUGGGAUUUGGUUAUUGCAAAAAUAUGGCUCUACUGCAACCACCAGAACUAUGGAAUUCUUCUCACAGGUAAUGUGGAUAUUGCCUGUAGUAUCAAUGGUUGCUUCUAUGUUGCUAUCCACACUACAUGAAUCGGGAACCGUUGCUGUUAUGGACUAUUUGCAUUCCAUCAGAAAUAUUGACAGUAUCGGUUUUAUAAUGCCCUGUCAUUCCACACCAUGGCAAAGUCACUUCCAUAGAAAUGACGUGAAAGAACUGUGGGCUAUCACAUGUAGCCCACCUCUACAUCUUUUGACCGACCCAGAUGCUAAUGCCAAAUUACCCUUUUACAUGGAUGAAAGCGAUUAUUUGUACGACAAUAUUUCGAAAUUCAUGUACCAGCAUUUCCCUCCAGUGUUUAGAAAAUCACUUAGAUCGCCAGGAAAACAAUACACCUACGAAUGGCCGGAGUAUCUUGUAAUAUUCGAAGAUUUAGAUUCACAGUUCAUGAAUGAUUACCUUGUCGACAGCAUGUACAUAGAGGAGACAAGGUUUUUCAAUUCGCUUGUGCAUUGGGAUAAGAGGAGGUCAGGCGACAUAAUUAUCUAUCAUAAAAUGCCUUGA